UGUGGGAGUGAAGGGGUCGGUGACGUAAACUUCAAAGUGUGACUGCUUUGAUCAAAUAUUUAAAUUGUUAUUUUCAAAGUAUAUGUCCUUAAAUUAAAUGAUAUCACUUAAUAGUUGUCUUAUCACGUGAUAUAAUGUAGAGGACACCGGAAGUAGAUAGUGAAAUUGAGCUUUUAUGAUGUGAAACCGUAGGCCUAGAUCCUCUUGGCUGAUUUCGUUAAUGUACUGAUAGUGUUAUAAUGUAAACAUGAAGUUUUCUUUUAUCAUUUUACGUGUUAUUAUGUAUUUAUUUUACUUGAAUUCGCUGGAUUAGUUUCGAAUACUAAAUUUAUGGUUGUUAAUGAGAGUUCGUGGUCUUCAAGGUCAGCACCAGCAAGGCAUGAUUUCAAGAUGUUCACUACAUAAAACCAAAAUAAGAAGCUUUUAUAAGAACUUCAACAUCUGAUUAUGGGGGAAGCCUUGCGUCAGAGUAGUUCUUUGUUUGAGCUAAAUGUUACAAUUGUAUCUGCAAAGCUCAAUUCAACAAGUGUCCUCUUUAAACCGAGCCCAUAUGUGGAACUUAGUGUUGAUGGUGGUGUACCUGUUAAAACAGAGUAUAGCAAAAAUACAUGUAAUCCAAAAUGGGAUGAACAGUUUCCAAUACUCGUGACACCAUACUCCAAAUUACACUUUAGAGUUCUGAAUCACAGUUCUCUAAUGAAGGAUGGUCUCCUAGGAGAAGGUUCCAUAGAUUUAUACAAGUUGCUUGUGAAACAUGAAGGAAAAUUGGAGAAAUUACCAUGUCCUGUUGAGUUAAACACCAACUGUAAGACAGGAAGGUCAUCCAGUCAUCUUGUUACUGUUAUAGAUGGCUUGCAUAUAGAUUUAACAAGAUUUCCCUUAAGAGGUCAUUCAGAAAGUCUUAAUAAUGAUGUUAAUCACACAGAUGAAAGCCAUUCCAGUGUUAGUUUCCGACCAAAUAAUCGCUCACAAAGACUUUCUGCCACUGAUGAUCCUAGUAGUUCUUAUAUUUCCAAUAAUGUAAGUGGUGGUGUAAGGAUUCGAACUCGUCGAACAAACAACCACAAUCCUGCCUCACCUAGUGGAAAUGUGUCACCAGCUAAUGGGCUGUCCCCAAAUAGUGGUGUCCGCAGGCUUCAGAAUGACAAUCGACACCAGUCGCUUCCUGCAAUUGUUAAUGAUUCUACAAUAUCUCCGUCUGUUGUAUCUCCUGAUGCUAGUGGAUCACAAGGCUUGCCUUCCUUUGCAAUAACUGUCAACAACACUGUACCUUCAGCAAGACCAUCAACUUCAAUAGGAGCAGCUAAUAUGAAUGGAGCCUUACCAAGUGCAUCAAGUGCAACUAGUCAAGCGCCUCAGACUGCACAGCCACAAUCAUCACAACGAUCAAAUAAUCAACGGCAAGCAAAUAAUUCUGAGGAAGAAACUUUGCCUUUAGGGUGGGAAGUUAGAUUUGAUCAGUAUGGUAGAAAAUAUUAUGUUGAUCAUAAUACUCGAAGUACUACAUGGGAAAGACCUCAGCCUUUACCUCCUGGGUGGGAAAUGCGUCGAGAUAACAGAGGAAGAGUCUACUAUGUUGAUCAUAAUACACGGACUACUACAUGGCAAAGACCAACUGCAGAAAGUGUAAGAAAUUAUCAGCACUGGCAGUCACAUCAAGCUCAAGCUAUGCAGCAGUGUCAACAGAGGUUCCUAUAUCAUACUCCAGUACAGGUUGAAGAUGAUGAUCCUUUGGGUCCGCUUCCUGAAGGAUGGGAAAAACGUGUGGAUCCUAAUGGGAGAGUUUAUUUUGUUAAUCAUAAAAACAAAACUACACAAUGGGAGGAUCCUCGAACUCAAGGGUUAGAGGACCCUCUGCCUCCUGGUUGGGAGAUAAAACGAACUCCUGAGGGAUUGAAGUAUUUUGUUGACCAUAACACAAAAACCACAACUUUUGUUGACCCCCGACAACCUUAUGCUGCCAAAGGACCUAAGGGAGCUUAUGGAGUGCCUGUAGCUUAUGAGCGAAAUUUCAAAUGGAAGCUCACACAGUUUCGAUAUUUGUGCCAUUGCAAUGCCUUACCAAGUCACAUAAAAAUAACAGUUUCAAGACAAAACAUUUUUGAAGACUCAUUUUCUCAGAUCAUGAGGGUUCCUCCACAUGAACUCAGACGAAGGUUGUUCAUUACAUUCAGAGGCGAAGAAGGACUUGAUUAUGGAGGUAUUGCUAGGGAGUGGUUUUUCCUUUUAUCACAUGAAGUCUUAAAUCCUAUGUAUUGCUUAUUUGAAUAUGCUGGGAAGAAUAACUAUAGCCUUCAAAUAAACCCAGCAUCAUCUGUUAAUCCAGACCAUCUUCUGUACUUCAGGUUUAUUGGUCGGUUCAUAGCAAUGGCAUUAUUUCAUGGAAAAUUCAUAUAUAGUGGCUUCACAUUACCAUUUUACAAGAGAAUGCUAGGAAAGAAAUUAACUAUGAAAGAUAUAGAAUCCAUUGAUCCUGAAUUCUAUAACUCACUUGUUUGGAUAAAAGAAAAUAAUAUAGAAGAAUGUGGCUUAGAGUUGUAUUUUAGUGUUGAUUUUGAAAUCCUUGGUCAAAUUCAAUCACAUGAAUUAAAACCUGGUGGUGGAGAAUUGCGUGUUACUGAGGAAAACAAAGAUGAGUAUUUGAGGUUGAUGACUGAUUGGCGAUUCUCUCGUGGUCAAGAAGAACAAACAAAAUCAUUCCUGGAUGGAUUUAAUGAAGUUUUGCCACUAGAAUGGCUACAUUAUUUUGAUGAGAGGGAAUUGGAGCUGAUGCUGUGUGGUAUGCAAGAAAUUGACAUUGAAGAUUGGCAACGUAAUACUAUUUACAGACAUUAUACACGUACUGGGAAACAAAUAAUAUGGUUUUGGCAGUUCGUGAGAGAAAUGGAUAAUGAAAAACGAGCUCGCUUGUUGCAGUUUGUAACAGGUACUUGCCGAGUACCAGUUGGUGGCUUUGCAGAACUAAUGGGAAGCAAUGGCCCACAACGCUUUUGUAUUGAAAAAGUUGGUAAAGAGACUUGGCUUCCAAGGAGUCACACGUGCUUUAAUCGUCUUGAUCUCCCUCCUUACAAAAGUUACGAGCAGCUUGUUGAAAAAUUGACAUAUGCAAUUGAAGAAACUGAAGGUUUUGCACAAGAAUAAGUGGAAGCUAAUUAUCUUUUUUAAUUUCAUCUAAAAUGUCUUCCGAAAGAAAAUGUGAUGCCUCUGAAAGUAGUAUGAUAACUAAGUUUAAAAACUGUUUGCCACUUGAAAAGAUAUGGCUGCUUCUCUUUGCUCAUCAUCAGUAAACUGCAGAGGCAUGCCAAGGCUUGCAAAGAAUUUCACUGUCAUUGAAGAUGACAAGCACGAUGACAUACAUGUAAUAUGUAAUGGAUCUGUGGUUAUUUCUAAGAUGCCAUGGUGAAAUAUUUUAUUAUAAUUAUCUCAAGAUGGGUAAUUUUCAACUUUAAUUCUCAGAAGCAAGUUGAUUUAGGUGCAGUGUGAGACAAUAAAUGCUAUGAUGAAUGCCUUUGGCUUCGUAUAGCAUUUAGGUAACAUAUCUGUAAUUUAUCUGAAAUCAAUAAUAUAUUGACAUUCCGAAGUUACCUAUAUCUUGGUUCAUUUUAAGACCUAUUCUGUAAAUUAAAAGGAAAUAUAAUCAUGGAUCAAAAGAUCAGAAGCUGCAAUUGUAUAAGACAGCAACUGCUUGUAUUAUUCUGUAAAAUUAUGUAAUAAAUAUAUUCUUUUCCUGAUACA